AUACGUCAGUUUGUAUUUAUGAUUUUGAAUUUUACGAAUAGUUUUGUUUGUUAUAAGUUUUAGUGACUACAAACGUAUAAGAAAAAUGGAAAAUUCUGUUACUGAAAACGAUGAACAAAAAUCUUUUCGAUCACCGCCCCGACGGAGACGUUCGACAUUCUUCGAAAGACGCGAUUCUUUUGUACCACAGGCGUUUGCCGAAAAUAUUGACUCAAAUGUUUGCAAAAAGUUAAGUGAAAUGGAAGACAAACAUACUCAAGACCUCUUAAGGUAUCACGAUAAUCUUUUGGCUGAAAAAGAACAGUGGAAGAUGGAAGUUAAUAACAGACGUAAUAAAUAUCAUGAUCUAAGACAACAGUAUCAAAUGGCAACAAAAGCUCCAAGUAGAACAAGAAUUUCAUAUUCAUCAUUAUCCACAGAAGAUAUAGAUUUUUUAAAAGCAAAAGUAAAUGUAACGAAAAUUGUUGAUAGUCAGAUGAAGUUACACCAAAGUGUGAAGGAGACACAGGCAUUGUACAGAAGAGCAAUGGAACUUGAUAAUGUUUUGUUGAAUCACUGUGAGGAGAAAGUAAAUGAAGUUACCGAUUAUAUUCUAGAAAAUAGUACAAUUGAACCCAAAGAAUGACCAAUAUUGUAAUUUCAAGAAAAUAACUAAUAUUAUUCAAAAUAUUUAAACCUACUCAUGACAUGAGCAUGUUUCUCCAUAGACGUGAUUGCAACAAAUAACCUUUUCCAUCUUUGUAUAACUGUGUUGGAUCACUAAACUAGAGAUGACAAGUGCUUGGUUACAGAUAUUAGUUAGUAAAAGGUGUAGGUUUACAAACUAAAUUUUUAUACAAUCCAAAUUAUUUUAAAUUGCUUACUAAAUUACGUUUGGUUCAAUUGUAAAAAACUUUUAUGUCAUAUUGUAAUUAAAUAUAUUAGUUAAUAAAUAGAAUAGCCAUAUUCAACAUGCUGCCUGCUAAGCCCAUAUAUCAAGUCUUUAUAUCAAUAGCUCUUUUCGACCAAUAAACAAAGUAUCUUUAAGAAUGUAAACAUUCUGCAAUUAUCUAGAUGUUACAAUAUUUUCUUGUUUAUUGGUAAUAUUAAUUAUAAUUGUUAAAAGUAUGGUAACUAUUGUAGAUAAUUUGGAUAAGGUUCUAAUAGAAUGUAAAAAAUAUGUAAUUGAAAAAAAUGGAAAUUUCCGUACCUUUGUAGUGUUAAAUGUAUUUCUUAGUAUUUAUACAAUUAUAUAUCAGUGAACUUUUAGAACUGAUUAACAUGGGAUUAAUGAAGAU